CUUAUGUCUGUGUCCGUUGUUGUUUCACUCCAACAACUUACUCACCCCCCCACCCACCCAACACUCAUGACUCCCACGCGCCACCGCUUCUCCACCUGUAACCGCCACCCCGCCGCUCCAGUCACCGGCUUCUGCGCCUCCUGCCUCCACGAACGCCUCGCCGGAUUCCACUUCGACCACUCCCCUCCCUCACCAAACCUCCGCCGCACCCAAUCCCGCUCCACCCACCGUGACCCCCCUGAGCCCCGCCGCUACUCCUCCGAGGUCCGACCGCGUAGCUCGCUGUCCGAUCUCUUCGGCAUCAACGACGACCGGAGUUGCCGGAAUCGCAAGCCGGAGGCCGAUUCGGCGAACUCGGUUACCGGAACCGGGGAAGCAACUCAGAACGGUGAUUGCAGCGAAGGUGCGGUUAGGGUUUGCGAUGAAGAAGACAACGAUGAGGAAACGAAGACGAUGAAGGAGUUCAUAGAUCUCGAGCUGAAGAGCAGAAACAACUCCGGGAGAGAUUUCAGGAGUUUUCGCCAUGCUUUCUCUGAGAAAUUUCGGAAAUGGAAAUGGAAGCACAAGGUGAAGAAGAAAAACGGUGAUGGUGAUGGUGACGGCAACGGAAGCAUCGAGGAGGUGAAUACAGAGCAGCGAUUGAGGGAGACUCAAUCUGAGGUCGGAGAAUGCAGAUUAGGGAGAAGAUCCUGUGAUACGGAUCCGGGGUUUUCGAUGUCGAUGGAGACGAGGAGAAGAAUCUCAGUGGAUUGGCCUCGAGUUUCAUGUGAUGGAUGUUUGAUUGGUAAACCAUUUCCAUGUUCAUGUUCAUGCUCAAGGCUUUCCUCCAUAGAUUCUGAUGUGAAUAAUGACAAUGGUGAUUUGGUUGAAGAGAGUGGUAACAAUGUGGGUUUUGAUGAAUUGAAACUGAUGUCAAAUGCAAAGGUUUCUCCUAGUCCUACCACCACAGAUUUGUUCUGUGAGGCCAAAUUGGUUGUUGAUGAAAAUGAUUUGAGCUUGAGGGAGAGGGAUACCAAUGUGAAAUCACCUGAUUGUGUGAUUGGAUCUUCUUCAACCGAGGUUCGGCAAAAGGGUUUGAAGAAGUUUCACAAGUGGGGCAUUGUGUGGAACAAGUUGGGGAUUGAAGACAAGUUGAGGAGGGUGGUGAAUGUUAGAACAAGUGAGUCUGUUAGCCAGAAGCUUGUUCGGAGCUAUAGUGUUAGCUGUAGAAACACUUGUAGGAUGGCUGGUUUGGUUAGCAACUUGGGGGCUCCUGAGACCAAUGGAAAUGUUUUGAAUGGAAAGCAAGAGUUUACGCUUCACAGGAAUCGGAGUGUUGGGUAUUCGCCAAGUAAUCUCGACACGGGCUUGUUAAGGUUCUAUUUGACACCAUUGAAGAGAUAUAGAAGAAGCAAAUCUGGGAAGAGUAGCGUUAAUGGUUAAAAUGUAUAUUAGGUUGGAAAAGCAUAUAUAGAUGUCAUGUAAUUGUUGUUGUCUAUGAGGAUGAAUGAGUAUAUUACAUUGUUAGAUUAUGGUUGCAAUUUUUGUAUUGAUGUUGUUAGAGGAAAUAAAGUAUUUGUUCCAUGA